AAUUUUAAAGGAUGCCUCGGGACCGUCCAUAAUUUUAAAGGGUGCCUCGGGACCGUCCAUAAUUUUAAUGGGUGCCUCGGGACUGUCCAUAAUUUUAAAGGGUGCCUCGGGACUGUCCAUAAUUUUAAAGGGUGCCUCGGGACCGUCCAUAAUUUUAAUGGGUGCCUCGGGACUGUCCAUAAUUUUAAAGGGUGCCUCGGGACCGUCCCGUCCAUAAUUUUAAUGGGUGCCUCGGGACCGUCCAUAAUUUUAACGGGUGCCUCAAGACUGUCCAAAAUUUUAAAGGGUGCCUCGGGACCGUCCAU